CCUAAGUCCAAAGUCCCCAACUUUAUCUCUUCUUGCUCUGCUUAUCGUUUUCGCUAGCUUAAUUCUUAAUCCACAAUUUCUACUCCGGAGUAAGCCCUCCGCAAACAUGCCUCCCGCUACGAUGCGCGCCGUGGUCUUCAAGGCCCCUUAUGAGGUCGCAGUCGAAGACAGACCGUAUCCCAAGCUCCAACACCCUACCGAUGCUAUUCUCAAGGUGUCAUCGACCGCUCUGUGCGGCUCCGACCUACACUUUUACCGCGGCCACUUGAAGUGCCCUGGCAAUUUUAUCGCUGGACACGAGUUUGUCGGUACCAUAAUAGAGAAGGGUGACGCCGUGACGGAAUUCCAGUUGGGGGAGCAGGUUGUUGUGCCGUUCUACACGGCCUGCCAGGAAUGCUACUACUGUGUCCGCGGGCAGGCGAGCCGAUGCGCCAAGGGCGAGCUCUUUGGAAACUCGGUGCCCGCGAAUACAAUUGAUGGCGGGCAGGCGGAGUAUGUUAGGGUUCCGUUGGCGCAGACUACAUUGGUCCGGACGCCAAAGGGCACGUUUCCCCACCUCUGCAUUUGGGUCAACAGCGUUCCCGAAGCCCUCCUUGUGCUCAUGGCCGACAUUUUCCCGACUGGCUUCUUCGCGGCCUCUCGCUUUCUCAAGGACCUUUCUCCCCGCGAUCAAACGGAGUACACAACGGUCGUCAUAGGUUGCGGGCCUGUUGGCCUCUGCACGAUCGCCUCAGCACUCACUAUGGUGAAAACUGUGUACGCGAUUGACUCCGUCCCCGAGCGCCUAGCCGAGGCUGAGAAGCUCGGUGCCAUCGCCAUCAACCUGAACGACGAUCCCGUGUCGAAAAUCAAGGCUGCCUCAGGCGGCCGCGGCGCUGAUGUCGUUAUGGAAGUUGUCGGUCAUGCGGAUGCAUUCAUGCUAGCGUUCGAUAUGAUCAGGCCGUGGGGACAAAUUAGUUCAAUUGGCGUGCAUACCGAGCAAAUACCGCUCAAUGGGCUGAUGUGCUAUGGGAAGAAUGUGACGAUGGCAUUUGGGAGAUGUCCGGUACGCAGUGUGUUUGAUGAUGCAUUGAAGUUGUUCCAGGAGGUGCAUCCCAAGCUGGCGUUCUUGGGUGGUGAGGUUCGGUCGCUAGAGGAUGCGCCGCAGGCGUAUAAAGAUUUUGAGUCGAGGAAGACGCAUAAGGUUGUUUUCAAGUUUGAUUCUUAGGGCUUGGUGUGGUUUGGUUCGGCUGGGGUUUCCGGGGUUAUGAGUAACGUAUCAAGUAUGAAGCGUGAG